AAAAUAGUGUCGUGUGUCCGCUGCAUCACACGAGUCUGGUUGUGUAACGGGUCAAACGGUGAAAAGGUGCCUCUCAGGGCGCAACGCGAAAGCUGCGCUAGGCUAUGCUUCAGCGCCUAAGGAGAUUUCGAGUUGCGGAAAGUUCAAGACCACAAAACGAGUUCGAGUUCAGUUGCACUGGGAGACUAUUUAGACUAGAGGGCAUAAUCCCAGCUUUGGAAACAUCACAUGCUCUUACUUAUUUGGAGAAACUAUGCCCCACCAAAGGGUAUAUAAGAGAGCUUGACCAUCUGCGUGGCCUGCUUAUGCAGAUUCGGAUUCAGAAGAAACAGUUGACAGUGACCCACAUGAAAGUCAGUUGGCUGGUGAUGGGAUUGGGGAUGACGGUGACAUGCGUUAGCAAAAGUUUGGUCUAUGUGUUAUCUAAUAAGAUAGGAAGGCGUGCGAGAGUUUAUGCGUUUUUCCUAUUCCUGUUUUUUAUUUCUUGGAAGACAUCUUUUUUCACUUCUUUUUGGCCGGAAUAA